UUGCGGCACCUCGAUCACCCUCCUAGUGAGAGAGGAAAGAGGUACCGCAAUAACAUCGUCUCCCCACUCCUAUUGCAUGCAAAAAGAAAAACACACACACACAAACACCAUAAUUAAGGGUUCGCACAAAGGCCAAACAUGGCGACUACCGGCGGAAUACUCUUAAUAGCUCUCUUGUCGUUGCUCGUGGCGAAUGCUUAUGGGAGUAGUAGUCCGGUGGUCACAUACGAUAGUCGUUCCUUGAUCAUUAAUGGAUCAAGAGAAUUGCUCUUCUCUGGCUCUAUUCAUUAUCCACGAAGCACACCUGAUAUGUGGCCUGAUAUCAUCAGAAAGGCUAAAGAAGGUGGAUUGAAUAUUAUCCAGACUUAUGUGUUCUGGAAUCUUCAUGAGCCUAAUCAGGGCGAGUGGAAUUUUGAAGGCAAUCGUGACUUGGUGAAAUUCAUAAAAUGUAUCUGGGAGCAAGGCUUGUGGGUGACCCUCAGGAUUGGACCAUACAUUGAAGCUGAAUGGAAUAUGGGAGGAUUUCCAUACUGGCUAAGAGAGGUUCCCGACAUCAUAUUCCGUUCCGAUAAUGAAGCUUUCAAGUACCACAUGCAAAAGUACGCAGAGAAGGUGAUUAACAUGAUGAAAAAAGAGAAACUGUUUGCUGAUCAAGGAGGACCCAUCGUCAUGAUGCAGAUUGAAAAUGAGUACAACAAUGUACAAUUAGCAUACAGAGAAAGAGGUAUAAGUUAUGUGAAAUGGGCAGCAAACAUGGCUCUAAGUUUAUACAACGGGGUCCCUUGGAUCAUGUGCAAACAAAAGGAUGCCCCUCCCACAGUGAUCAGUACAUGCAAUGGAAGGCAGUGUGCAGACACAUUCGCUGGUCCAAAUGGCCCUGACAAGCCUUCUCUCUGGACUGAGAACUGGACCGCACAGUACAGAGUAUUCGGCGACACCCCCUCUCAGCGCGCUGCUGAAGAUAUAUCCUUUGCGGUUGCUCGGUUCUUUACAAGAAAUGGCACACUCAACAACUACUACAUGUACUACGGUGGAAGUAACUUUGGGAGAACCAGUUCCUCCUCCUUUGUCACUACUCGUUACUACGACGAAGCUCCUCUUGAUGAAUAUGGUUUGAGGAGGGAGCCCAAGUUCGGUCACUUGAGGGAUUUGCACAGGGCUUUGAAAUUGAGCAAAAAGCCUUUGCUUCGAGGCACUCCAAAGGUGGAACGCAUCAGCCAAGACCUUGAGAUCACUACUUAUGAGAAACCCUCUGAAAAUCUUUGUGUUGCCUUCUUGACCAACAACGACACGAGAGAAGCUAAAACUAUUCAUUUCAGAGGCAAGGAUUACUACUUACCUUCCAAGUCCGUCAGCAUUCUCCCUGAUUGCAAGACCGUCGUCUACAACACAGCUGCAAUUGUAGCACAACACAGUUCUAGGAACUUUGUUGUGCCCCAACAGGCAAAGUUUUCCAAAUGGGAGAUGUUCAAAGAAACUAUUCCAACCAUUAAUGACUUGAAAGAUAGGACUCCCGCGCCCAAGGAACUUUACAGUUUUACUAAGGAUGUCUCUGACUAUGCUUGGUACAGCACAAGCAUCAAGAUAGAUGCUCGUGAUUUGCCAAUGAGGCCCGAUGUUCGUCCAGGCCUUCACAUUGCUAGUCUUGGCCAUGCUUUGCUUGCAUUCGUCAAUGGCGAAUACAUAGGAUUCGAGCACGGUAGCAACGUCGAGAAGAGCCACAUUUUCAGAAAGCCAGUGAAUUUAACGGCUGGAGACAACGACAUCACAUUGUUGGCCAUGACUGUCGGCUUCCCCAAUAGUGGUGCCUACAUGGAGAAGAGAUUUGCUGGUCCCCGAGCUGUCACUCUUGAGGGUUUGAUGUCUGGAACUCUUGACAUUACCAACAAUAAUUGGGGUCAACAGGUCGGCGUCAACGGCGAGAAGGUUCCAGUUUACACAGAAGAAGGAGCAAAGACAGUUAAAUGGGUUCCCUUCGCUGGAACCCCUUCACCUGUUACUUGGUACAAGACAUACUUCGACGCCCCAGAAGGCAACAACCCUGUGGCCUUAAGAAUGAUGAGCAUGGCGAAGGGUAUGGUGUGGGUUAACGGCCAGAGCAUCGGUCGUUACUGGGUAUCGUACAAUUCACCGCUCGGCAGGCCGACUCAGGAAGAGUAUCACAUCCCUCGCGCCUUCUUGAAGCCUAAGAGCAAUCUGCUUGUGGUGUUCGAGGAGACAGGCGGCAACCCUGAGAAGAUCGAUAUCUUAGUAGUGAACAGGGACACCAUCUGCAGCGUUAUAACGGAGUACCACCCGCCAUCAGUUAACUCCUGGGAGAGGAAGGGCAAUGAGCUCCGUGCUCUUGUCAACCCGGUGAGGGAAGCUGAGCUCACAUGCCCCGACAAUAAGGUGAUCAAGAAGGUGGAGUUUGUGGGUUUCGGUGAGGUGGAUGGAGCUUGCGGAGCCUUCAAGCCUGGGAAAUGCAACUCUAACUCUAAGGCUAUCAAACUUGUUGAAUCCUUGUGCUUGGGGAAGAAUGAGUGCAAGGUGCCAUUUGAGAGAGAAAGACUUGUUGAUGUUGGGAAAGACGCUUGCCCCGAUGUCUCCAAGACACUGGCUAUUCAAGUCGCAUGUAGUUGAACUAUGUUAGGCUUUUGAUGUUUUAUCAACCUCUAUCCACCUUUUCUUUUUUCUUUUUUAUAAAUCAACAUGUAUGCAGUAUUAAGUGGGUAGAUAUUCAAGUAUAAAUCUGACUUCAUUUCUUUUAUC